AUGGUAUGCAUAUAUUCUCUUUCAGAGCCUUCCUCUUGGGGUGCAGACCAAAGUGUAUAUAUCAAAAUCUGUGUGGAGAUUUUAUAGAUAAAGGAGGAGAUGAAUAGAUCCCUUGGGAGCAGCAAAGGCAUGGGAGGAGGCGGUGGCAACAGCAUGUCGAAGACGGCCGGCAGCAACACUGAUAAGGAGGCAAUGGAUGCAAUUUCAAGUCCUACUGGUGGUUCGAUACUUAAAGUUUCUUCAAUUUCAGAGUCAGAUUCACGAGAGCCGUCACUACAAUCAUGUAAUCCAAUGGUGUUGCAGACUUAUGGAUCUAACAGAGCUUAUGAUGCUUUCCAUUUGUUGCAGACCGACACGGCUAUUCAGAGGAUGGUUAUGGCCAUAGCUUCUGAUAAUACUGUUUGGGAUGCUGUCUUGAACAAUGAAGUAGUAAAGGAGCUUAGAGAGUCAUUCUAUGCAGCUGAAAAUAAUGCUCUUCCAAGCUCAGCUGAAAGUUCUGCCGACAACAGUGUUUCAAGCUCAAACGGAAUUUCUGAACACUCCAACGCAGCGACAAACUUACUGAAGUGGAUUUUUGAUGGCACCAAGACAAAAGUCAUGGAACUUGUGGAGAAAAUCAUACCCAAAGAUAUAAAGAAAAAAGUUUUCAAAUCAUAUUUUUUAUGAAUUUAUUUUAUUGUGUUUACUAUAUUCUAUUUCUAUUUACCAUCAUUCAAAAGUCCCAGUUUGUUGGGCUCUAA